AUGAUCUCUCGUGGUAUCAUCACUGCCCUCAGCACUGCGUGCCUCGCUGGCGCAUUCGCUCCCGGCCUCGAAGUGGUCUACGAUCUGGAUCUAGCAACUCAAGGCAUCGCAUUCUCAGCUGAGGGACGUAAGUUCCUAAUGCAAAGAUACUCUCUUACCGAUCCUCCACGAGCAGUCGAGCUUCUAGACGACAACUCUACAGUGCUCUACCCUAACGCCGAAUGGAAUUCCUACAAUUCGAGCGACAGUACUUCGGAUCCAGCGAAGACCUUUGUCAGUCUCGACGGCGCCCGCAUCGGGCCUGAUGGACGCUACUGGCUCGUCGAUGGAGGAUCUCAGGGCCUCAAUCACUCCACAAAGUUAAUCGGCAUCAACCUUUCCAACGACACGGUGGACAAGCUUUACUACCUCGACGACAUUAAAACCUCCAGCAGUGGCAUUGACGACGUGCGAUUCGGACCCUCCGGCGAUGUCGCAUACUUGAGCGAUACAGCUGGAGCACUACUUGUCCUCAACAUGACGACGGGAGAGGGCGUGCGGGUACUAGCCAACGAUCCGACAGCAGUCGCAUGGUUCCCGAUGAUGUACAACCAUACUCUUGUUCCAGGCUACGGUGCUGCUGGAAGCACACUCGCGGUCGGACUCGAUCAGAUGGAAGUUUCGCCAGAUGGCAUGUGGUUGUACUACCAGCCUUGUAAUGGCGGCUUGUUCAAGAUCAAGACCGCCUUGGUUGAUGCGGCUUUGACUAAUUCUACUCUGGCUGCUAGUCUGGGUGACUAUACUGAGGCGGUUGCACUGACUCCCAGCACGGGCGGUAGUACGAUUGACGGGGAUGGCAACCUAUACUUCAGUGAUACCACAUUGCUUGCCAUCUGGAAGGUAACCCCCGAGGGCUAUGCUUCUAUCUUGGUCCAGGAUGAUGCGCUCGUUUGGACAGAUCAGAUGUGGGUCACUGCCGAUAAGAAGCUUUGGCUGCCAGCUUCGCAGAUGCGACCAGGGGCAGACGGACUCAUGGCUCCAAGCCCCAAUUACAUAUUCACUUUUCCCAUCGAUGCAGGGCCGUCUCCAAUCGACCAUGCUUAG